UGGCGGCGUCCAUAUUAUGUUGUUUGAGUAAUAUUUGUGCAACGAUUGUGAGUGAAAUAUAAAUAAAAAUACCCGUUGUAUAUAAAUAAUCAAAUUUAAUGAUUUAUCUAAAAAUUACAGUUGAUAAUAGUUUUAUUAAUUCUCGAAGAAAAUGAGAAUAUAUUUGACAUUAUUUCUCGCGAUAAUUUACUUAACCGAAAUAUGGUCACUGAAGACUAAAAAUAAUAAUAAAACAGGACACUCAAACAAUUGGGCUGUUUUGGUGGAUACUUCAAGGUUUUGGUUCAACUACCGACAUGUAGCCAAUGUCCUGUCAAUAUACAGAAGUGUUAAACGUCUUGGAAUUCCCGAUGCUCAAAUAAUAUUAAUGAUUGCUGAUGACAUGGCAUGUAAUCCUCGCAAUCCUAGACCAGCGACAGUUUUCAACAACAUCAAACAACACAUCAAUGUCUAUGGUGAUGAUGUGGAAGUUGAUUACCGUGGCUAUGAAGUAACAGUGGAGAAUUUCGUACGAUUAUUAACUGGAAGAUUAGCCCCGGAGACUCCGAGAUCUAAGAAACUGUUGACUGAUGAAGGUUCUAAUAUUUUAAUUUAUCUCACUGGUCACGGAGGUAACGGAUUCUUAAAGUUUCAAGAUUCUGAAGAGAUAACUAGUCAAGACUUGAGUGAUGCUGUGGAACAAAUGUGGCAGAAAAGACGCUACCAUGAGAUAUUAUUUAUUGUUGAUACUUGUCAAGCUAGUUCUAUGUAUGAAAAACUGUACAGUCCAAAUAUUUUAGCUGUAGCAUCUAGUAAAGUUGGAGAAGAUUCACUUUCUCAUCAUGUUGAUCCUGACAUUGGAGUUUAUAUCAUUGAUCGUUACACGUACUAUGCAUUGGAUUUUUUGGAGAAAGUUGAACCUUCCAGUUCCAAAAAACUUAGCGAAUUUUUAAAAGUUUGUCCAAAACACUAUUGUCUUUCUACUGUUGGUGUACGGAAAGAUUUAUUCACACGCAAUCCAGAAACAGUUCCAGUGACUGAUUUCUUUGGCUCACUGAGACCAGUUGAGCUAACAACCAGUAUUAUAAACAUCUUGCCGGUUGAGAAAGAGCCUAUGAAAGAGUCAAACUUAGAUGUUAAGUAUAAAUAUGUUAGUCAAUUUCCUACGUUAUCUGUUUAACAUCAUUCCAACGAAAUUUUGUUCAUACGAAAGUAAUUCAAAUUAUAAAGAGCUUUUUUUUAAUA